AUGAUUUUAUAUUUACUUUCACUUUUUUUGUUAUCAUCUAACAUUUUAUCCCUACUUAAUACUCUUAAAUAAAUAAUUUUUUUUUUUGUCAGCGUGCCAAGAAUAAUAUUUCAAGUGUAAUAUUGACGUUUAAUUUUUGAUAGAUUUUCGAUCUAUAUUUUUUUUAAUAAGUUAAAUAUUCGUAUUUCAUAAUAUUACCAUUGAUUAAAUAUACUAUAUAGUAUUUAUAAUCAAUGAUAUAACCUAUUGGCUACCUAUCUUUAAUAUGUUUUUCUGUACACUCAUGAAUUAAACAACAAUAAUAAAAAUAAUUGUCAUAACUUAAUACAUUUAAUAAACUUAAUAGUUGCCUGUAGGCUGUAAUUUAUUAAGCGUUUUAAUUGAUUUAAAAUUUUGAAUUAAAACAAUAUUAUGGCUUUUACUCCAGGAUCAGCCGUUUCUCCGUCUGCCGAUAUUGAGUUAGCUUUGGCAUGCAGGGGGCUGUCUGGUACAGAUGUUAUGUCAAAAUCUGACCCGAUGUGUGUAACAUACGUACAACCAUUUGGCCAAAAUAAAUGGGUAGAGUUUCACCGAACUGAAACUGUUAAAAAUAAUCAGGAUCCAAAUUUUGUUUCCAAAGUAUUGAUAAGCUACAGAUUUGAAGAAAAACAGCCGCUGUUGUUUGAAGUGUACGAUACUGAUUCAAAAGAUAAAGAUUUGUCAGCACAUGAUUUUCUUGGAACUAUUACAAUUCCUUUGGGACAACUUGUUGCUAACAAACGUAACAAGUUACAGCUGACAGAUCGUGAUGGUAAUUUAAAAAGUAGUUAUUUAGUUAUAACAGCGGAAGAAUUGGGUAUGGAUAGAGAUGAAGUAAUAUUAGAAAUGAGCGGAUUUAAAUUGGACAAAAAAGAUUUUUUUGGUAAAUCUGAUCCAUUUUUGGAAAUCUUUAAACUUACAGAUACUGGCAAUUACACAUUGGUUUAUAAAACUGAUGUUAUUAAGGAUACAUUAACUCCUCGAUGGAAGAAAUUUACUAUUCCUGUUCGGACAUUUUGUAAUGGGGAUUAUGAACGUGAUUUAAAAAUUAUUUGUUUUGAUUGGAAUUCAAGUGGUGAUCAUAGCCUGAUUGGUGAAUUUCAUACCACUCUAAAAGGUCUCUCGAAUCCUAAUGCUACUUUUAAAUGCAUUAAUGGAAAGAAAAAAGAAAAAAAAAAAGAUUACAAAGAUUCUGGAGAAAUACGUGUAGAAUACAUAAAAAUACAAUCCACUUAUACAUUCUUAGAUUAUGUUCAAGGAGGAACAGAGAUAUUUUGUACAGUAGCUGUUGAUUUUACAGCUUCAAAUGGUAAUCCCUCAAAACCAUCAUCUUUGCAUUUCAUAAAUAAUGCAAGUAUGAAUAGUUAUGAACAAGCAAUGUGGAGUGUUGUAUCUAUAAUUGAAGACUAUGAUUCUGAUAAACAAUUCCCUGUGUUGGGUUUCGGAGCUAAAAUUCCACCUAAUGGACAAGUAUCACAUGAAUUUUUUGUUAAUAUGAAUCCUGAAAAUCCACAUUGUUUUGGCGUAAGAGGUGUGUUAGAUGCAUAUCGUAAUUGUAUUAAUCAAGUGCAGUUAUAUGGACCUACAAAUUUUGCGCCUGUUAUCAAUCAUGUAACUAAAAUAGCUCAAAAUAACCGAGAUGGGACUGGUUAUUUUAUUUUACUUAUACUGACUGAUGGAGUUAUUACUGACAUGCCAGAUACCAUACAGGCUAUUAUUACAGCAUCUUCAUUACCAGUUUCUAUAAUUAUUGUGGGUAUUGGAAAUGCAGAAUUUGAUGCAAUGGAAGAAUUGGACGCUGAUAAAGGAGGACUACAAAUGAACGGAGUUAAAGCAGCAAGGGAUAUUGUCCAGUUUGUUGCAUUUAACAGUUAUCAUAAUCUUGACCCUAGUGUUGCUAAUUUACAUUUAGCAAAAGAUGUAUUGGCCGAAGUACCUAAACAAUUUAUGGACUAUAUGAAGAUAAAUGGUAUUGUGCCUAAAAGGAGGGCAUCUCAAACCACAACACCAGAGAUUGAGGAUUUAAAAAUUCAAUGAACUAAUUAAUUGUAAACAGCUUUAAAUCAAAUUUUCUUUUUUCUAAAUCUAUUGGUGCUACGUUUAUUCUGUUUCUUUUAAAAUGUGUACUAUAACUACGCAACACUAUUAAGUUCAUAUAACUAGAGUAUAUGGAUCUUUCAUACAGAUGAAAAAGUUGAAUUUAUAUUAUAUUUAUACAAAUCUUAAAUUAUUUUAUCUUGCUAGCAUUUUAAAUUUUUAUAUAAAAUGUACCUACUUACAUAAUUGAAUUAAUUUUUUAAACAUUUAUACAAUAUAAUAUUUUUAAUUUUACUAUUUUAAAUUUACGUUUUUAUACUGGUAGAUAUACUUGAUAAUAUUGAAUUGUUUUUAUAUACAAAUUUCUUAUAAGUUCAUGCUUUGUUUUAAGGCUCUAAUCUAAUUAACUAAUUAAAAGUUUAAUAUUCUUUUAAUUUGUAUACAUUUAUUAAAAAUGUGUUAAUUUAACACUAAGGCUCAGUUUUUUAAAUAUUAAAUGAUAAUUAGGUACUUAAUUAAUUCACUAAAACAUUUUAUUUUUUUGUUCAAUAUUUUUUUAUUUAUUAUUUUUAUGAAUGUUAGUUUUAUUUUAUAAUAGGUCACUGGCUCAAAUAUACUGUGGUGUAUCAAUGAGGGGGUAUGGUGGUCAUAACCCUCCGAGACCAAAUUAUGUACACAUUGUACACAAUACAACAUUUAAUAAAUAGUAUGAAUAUAUGUGCAUACUGAAUGUCUAUUCAAAUCUUUAUAUUCCUCAACCCCAGUGUAAAACCCUGCAAACGCUAUUCAAAACAUAAUAUUGUAUAAAAUAUACAGUAUAUUCUAUACUUUAUUAUGCUCAAUAGUAUAAUACACUAAACAUUUUAAAAUAUUUUAUCUAUGCCGAGUUCAACGAGAGACAGUAGAUGAAAAUUCGUUGUUUCCCACUACUACAACAUUACAAGCCCAUUGGUAUGCGCGGGAUAGUUCUGGUUUCUCGUUGAACGUGGAAUAUUUUGUAUAUUAUUAUACACUAAGAAGAAAUAUUAUUUUUUAUUAGUUGUUAUGUUAUUCUAGUAAUUAAUUACAGUACCUAAUAUUUACAUUAUUAAUUGUAUACUUGUUUUUUUUUUUUUUUAUUUAUUAUUUAAAAUACAUCUACAAUCUAUACAGUUAUUUGUACAAUAAUUAGAUUUGAUAAAGGAAGAAUAUAAAAUUAACGGCGAAUAAUAGGAUUGGGAAGUUAUCCAUUGAUAACACCCAGCCAUACUUGUUUUAAAUAUCUUUGUGAUACAUAUGUCUAAAUAAAUAUAUUAUUAUUUUUUUUAAACUAUUUAUUAACUCACGGUGCAACUGGUACUUAGAUACAAUAAAAUUGUAUUACAUAUUUUCAUAAAUGCUUGUUAAUUAUUAUAAAUGUUUCAUUAUUUAUUAUGUAAUAUCAAACAUAUAUUUAUUUAAAUUAUCACUAAUUUCUUAUUUCUUUGUAAUGAAUAUUUUAUUUAUUAAUUAUUUUUGUUAAUUUCAAUGAAUUAGUUAUUAAUUAUUAUAAAAUAAAAAUAUAUAUAUAUCUGCUUAAAAGUA